AGAAAGCCCAGCAACCACAAAAGCCUGGCGUCCUUGUGCUCUCAGCUCAAGCCCAUCACCAGGGCUGUGGUAUCUGGAAGCCGUGGGCAGCCUGAUAAUGGCCACUGUGGGGCAGCUGUGCCCAGUGCCAGGCUGCUCCUAAUCUCCCCAGGGCCAAAAGUCGCCGUGAGCCAGCCCACCCAGCACAGCCCCUGUCUCCCCAGCGCCUCUCUCCCUAAUCUGCAGCUGCACAUGUGCGUGGCUGUGCUGGGAGUCCCUCGGGCUGAUUGUUAACAGGCCUGGGGCUUCUCUGGGCUGAGCAGGGCCAGGCCUGCAACUCAGCCUCCCCUAAACAGCCCCUCCUAGGCUGGGCUUGGGAUAAGGUCAGACUUAGAGGUUCCCAGAAAUGCAGAUGGGGAGGAGAGGGAAAAGAGGCCCAAGCCCACAUCCGCUUCACAGAGCAUCUCAGCUGCCUGCUGUCAUGUGCCAGAAUUUUUAAGGCUCUGUAAGGAAGCGCUUCAGAGGAGGCACACGAUUCUAGGGAGCUAUUUUCAGCAAAAGGAAAAACCUCUAUUGAGUAAUUGCAUAUUUCUUUUACUUCCCUUUUCCCCCUUUCCUUGUGAGAUGUGCUCAGUGAAAUAUAUUUAUUGCUGAAAUUAUGUUGUCAAAUUUUUUGGACAGUGAAUUAGCAUCUUCAGCCUCUUCCUAAGCUGUGUCUAUUGUGAAUACAUUUCAUAUUUUUAAUUUAUAUUCAUUUAUAUUUUUAUGAAUGAACAUAAAUUAAUAUAUUUUAUAUUGUAUUUAUUUAGUAUUUGUUAUUGACAUUGUGUCAAUAUCCAUUCAGAAUGCAGCAGUUCAAUAUACAACUUAGAUGUGCAAUACUGCUCUUAGCUAAGAUUGGUUGGAGAAAACGUGUAUGAAAUGUGCAUAAAUAAAAUUAGAUAUGCUUUUUAAGUAAAUGUCCAAAUAACCUUUUCAGAAUUUUCUUAGGGAAUUGCAGAAGAUAUCCAAAGCUAUUGUGGGAAAUACUGACAAUGUGGCAAUGGAACAGAACAUUUUGUGUGUCUUGCUGGGUAAACUGAAUGGCUUAGAGACUGCUUAUCUUUUAGGAAAUGAUAAAAUGAUGAAAUGAUUGUGUUUUAAGAAAACAAAAUGAAUCUACCUGCAUUGGAAGUCUUCCUUUUAUUGCUUCCUAAGCACUAUGCUCAUAGCAUGGCAGAGGUGACGGAUGUUUGCUCUCCACUUUUUUAAAAUGCACUUCUGGUGCUGAACUCUGUGUUAGGAGCAGUUGUCUGUCCCUUCAUUGGCUAGUGGGGGAAGUGGAAGUCAUCAAGUGGAGGGGAAGCCUGGAAUAAGCUGAUUUUUCUUCUGGAACCAUAUGGGAGCUCAGAAAUCCCUUAUCUCCAGCAACCCAUAAAGUGGUCGAGUAGUUACGUUCAGUGAGUCAAGCCCUUCCACUGUCACCAUUUUAUGCUAAAUAGUUUUAAGGUGCUUCCCUAAUUAUAGUUCCUUUCCCCAUCCUUAAAAGGAACACUUGCAAGGCAGUGACAGUCAUUUGACGUGUCAUGAAACUGCUCUGGGCUUCCACAAGUCAUUUUACCCUGGGUUUCUGCUGCUCAGUGAUACUGGUGCUGGUUAUCAGCAGCCAAACAUGACUGUGCUGUGUUUUGUUCUGCCUCGCAGAAUUUCCUUUAGCACAGGGAGAUGUUUCACUCAGUGAAUGUUACAGUUCACUUCAGAGAACUUCAGUGAAAUGGGGUUUUCACCUCUAGCAUUUUCCUGGCAAGUUCUGAAGCACACCUGAGAUAUAAGAAAUUAGGAAAUAUUAGAAAUGCUUUAUUUCUUAAUGUCAGGAAAUGAAGGGAGAGAGAAAGAGCAUCUGUGCAAGUUAGUCACAAGUUAAUUUGAGUUUUGGCUAAAAAUGAUGGAUUCUUAUAACUAUUUAAGGACCAUGCACCACUGAGGGUACAGUAUUAUUUUUAUGUGUUACAAAUUAUGUUUUGUUCCUGCUCCUGUUCCCCUCCUUCAUGCAGUCAAACAUCAGGAAUUAUGCUUGUUAGUGAACUGGAGUUUGCCUUGCAAUCCUGCUCACACGUUGUUACCAUUUUUAUUAUGGGUGUUGUCCUCUAUGAUUCACAUGAUGCUAAAAUUUAAAUUAUGUGGCAGAAGCACAUGUGCUUAAUAAAUUAAAAUCACUCACUUUGGGCUAUAAUCUCUACAUAUGCACAUAUAUUUGUAUACAUAGUAUGUCUAAUAUAAAAUAAUGCACCACAAACAGAAUAUGCACAUAUAUUCAUGCACCACACUGCUGCACAGGGAACUGGGAAGGGCUGCAUGUGACAAUGCUGCUUCCAAAGCUGCUUCCCAGUGGUGCACCUGUGCUGCUGUACCUGCAGCCAGGCAGUGAAGAGCCCUGGGCUCCUGCUGCAGAGCCCGGGGCUGGCUACUCCCCCGGCUGGCUGAGUGACAGUCCCUGGGGUAUAAAAGGGCCCUGGGCCGGGCUGGGCUGGCUGAGUGACAGUCCCUGGGGUAUAAAAGGGCCCUGGGCCGGGCUGGGCUGGGUGUAGCUGAUAGAGCAGCAGGCAGAGGGCUCGUUCUGGGGAGCUGGAGAGCCUGGGUGAGGUCGUAGCCACCGACGGGUCCGAGCCGCACAAAAUGCGUGAAAUCGUGCACCUGCAGAUUGGCCAGUGUGGGAACCAAAUCGGAUCCAAGUUCUGGGAGGUGCUUGGUGAGGAACAUGGGAUUGACAUCACUGGGAACUACCGUGGGGAUUCACCACUGCAGCUGGAGCGAAUUAACGUGUACUUCAAUGAGGCUUAUUCCCAUAAAUAUGUGCCCCGUUCCAUCCUGGUGGACCUGGAGCCUGGGACGAUGGACAGUGUCCGCUCCAGCAGAAUUGGGCCCCUCUUUCGACCUGACAACUUUAUCCAUGGUAAUUCAGGUGCUGGCAACAACUGGGCCAAGGGCCAUUACACAGAAGGUGCUGAACUGAUUGAAAACGUCAUGGAUGUGGUCAGGAACGAGUGUGAGAGCUGUGACUGCCUUCAGGGGUUCCAGCUCAUCCAUUCCCUUGGUGGUGGCACAGGCUCAGGCAUGGGGACGCUCCUCAUCAACAAGAUCAGAGAGGAAUAUCCCGACAGGAUCAUGAACACCUUCAGCGUUGUGCCCUCACCCAAGGUGUCCGACACGGUGGUGGAGCCGUACAACGCCAUCCUCUCCAUCCACCAGCUGAUAGAGAACACGGAUGAAACCUUUUGCAUUGACAACGAAGCUCUGUAUGAUAUAUGCUUCAGGACAUUAAAGCUCACCAACCCCACCUACGGGGACCUCAACCACUUGGUGUCCCUAACCAUGAGCGGCGUCACCACCUCGCUGCGUUUCCCCGGCCAGCUGAACGCGGAUCUACGGAAGCUGGCGGUGAACAUGGUGCCCUUUCCUCGCCUGCACUUCUUCAUGCCCGGCUUUGCCCCGCUGACAGCUCGGGGCAGCCAGCAGUACCGGGCCCUGACGGUGCCAGAGCUCACCCAGCAGAUGUUCGAUGCCCGGAACAUGAUGGCAGCCUGCGACCCCCGCCGCGGGCGCUACCUCACCGUCGCCUGCAUCUUCAGGGGCAGAAUGUCCACCAGGGAAGUGGACGAGCAGCUGCUGUCUGUCCAGACCAAGAACAGCUCCUACUUUGUGGAGUGGAUCCCUAACAACGUGAAGGUGGCCGUGUGUGACAUCCCGCCGCGAGGGCUGAAGAUGGCAGCCACGUUUAUUGGCAAUAACACGGCCAUCCAGGAGCUCUUCAUCAGGGUGUCCGAACAGUUCUCGGCCAUGUUCAGAAGGAAAGCCUUUCUCCACUGGUACACGGGGGAAGGCAUGGAUGAGAUGGAGUUUUCUGAAGCAGAAGGAAACACCAAUGACCUCGUGUCUGAGUACCAGCAGUACCAGGAUGCCACUGCAGAUGUGGAGGAGUUUGAAGAGGUAGAAGUGGAAGCAGAAGCCAAGCCAGAAAAGGAAGCAGAGUAAAAAGUAUCAAAACAUUCUCCAAAUGAGCCUGUUCACAUUCUCUAAAGACAAAGCAACAGCCAUCAUCUGCAUAUCCAAAAUAACACAUUUCUUCAGAACUCUUCUGUGCAUCUGGCCAGGUAUAUCUGAUAUUCCAACACAGUGCUUUUGAAAUUAAUGGCAGCUCUGCAUUACUGCCUUAAUCAACUGUUGAGAUCGAAUCUCUCCCAAAACCGAUCCACUUGAAGACACGUUAUCUCAUACCAGCCUUUCCUGUAAAUGGAUUCACUUUCAGAACAUAAUCACCAGAUACUGAAUGUACUAUACACCACUGUGCCUGUGUAUAUAGAUCAGGAUCUUAAGCAAUAGCAAAAUAUGCUGUCAGCUCAUCACAUUUAUUUAUUCUCAGGUACACACAGUCCCUGCUGAUUGUGAACUUGUUACUGUUUUAGGAACAUGUGCACAUCUCUGAGGCCUCCAAAGGCAGUGACUCUUUUAUCACUCCACAGACUGAUGUAGAUCUGCAGAAACAACAGGGGGCAAAUGACUGAAUAUGCACAUUCUUAUUUUAUAAGUACUCUUAAUUGUUCUAUCCCAUUGCUGGCUUACAUUAUUGCAGAGCUUGUAUUCAUUAUCAUGGUGUGGUUUGUUUGUAUUUCUAACUACAGGUUGAGUUACAUUAGCACACUAAGUUGUGACAUUGUGUAAAAGUUUUGGUGUGGUAUUUUUUUUUUCCUAGGUACUAACUACUGUAAAUUUUUUUCCUAACAUUCAGUACAACAAAAAUGACAUAGAAUGGUUUGUAGUUUGUUAAUGUAAAUUCUAUGGCAGUCACUAAACCAAAAUCUUAUUUUGCCUUUGGUGAAAAAAAUUUCUUGCCAUCACAGCUGCCUACUUAAUGUAUUUAUAAUAUUCUUUUAAAUAAAGAUUAUAUACCAUUCUA